GACGCCCACUCUUGUCUGUAGUAGAGAGUGUGUGGAAAUAGGAGCAGAUUGAGAGGCAACACGCCUUUUUUUUGUAUUAUUGAGUUGGUGGAGGGAGGCGCGUGAGAGUGGACACUAGAAGUCUUUUUUUUUUAGUCUUCUUCACAGCUCCUGCGGAGAGAUGGAUGUCUUUUGGCGUGCGUGGAAUAAUUUUCAAGUGAUUUUUGAAUUGUUUCCUUUAACGUGACUUCACAGUGGGCCAACUUUGCAGCGCCAAUUCGUCUUCUUGGCCACUCAGCACAUUUUUUUUAGGAUACCACAUUGAUUUUUCUUCCCCCCCUCGCGUGGGGAAUGUGUGCUUGGGAAAAGAGUACAUGCCGGAGGAUGUUGCAGCGAACAGGCCAUGUUGGAUCACUUUGGGGCAGCAGAACCCAGCAGGCGGUACUGACAGCAGCUUGUUGAUGGCACUGCGCACUGGGAGGACUUGGUUCGGACGGGUCUUGCGCAGGGUCUCGCGGCUGCAGGGCUCCUGGUCCAGGCGCUCCAGCAGUCUUUUGUGUCUCUCCGCGAUCCAGGAGCAGGAUCUGGGCUUCUCCGUGUACCGCUGCCCCAGCCCCGGCGCCCACCUCGGCCACCGUCAUCGGAGCGCGCCCCUCUGCGCAUCCGCCUCCAGGCGCAGUUCACUCGGCUUCCCUCACCGCGCUCGUCGCACCAUCCCGGGGAGGAACACGAGGGGACAUGAGACCCUCACUCGCCGGCUCCUGGUGGCCAUGAAGCGGCAAAACGUGCGGACCUUAUCCCUGAUCAUUUGCACGUUCACCUACCUGCUGGUGGGGGCCGCCGUCUUUGACGCCCUGGAGUCCGACUUUGAGAUGCGGGAGAAGGAGCAGCUGGAAGCCGAGGAGAAGCGCCUCCAGGGGAAGUACAACAUCAGCGAGGACGACUACCGCAAGCUGGAGACCAUCAUCAUGGAGGCUGAGCCGCACAGAGCCGGGGUGCAGUGGAAAUUCGCCGGCUCCUUUUACUUUGCCAUCACGGUCAUCACCACCAUCGGCUACGGGCACGCGGCGCCAGGAACGGACGCCGGCAAGGCCUUCUGCAUGUUUUACGCCGUCCUGGGCAUCCCCCUGACGCUGGUGAUGUUCCAAAGCCUGGGCGAGCGCAUGAACACGUUUGUCAAGUACCUCCUGAAGCGCAUCAAGAAGUGCUGCGGCAUGAGCAUCACCGAGGUCUCCAUGGAGAACAUGGUGACCGUGGGCUUCUUCUCCUGCAUCGGGACGCUGUGCAUUGGUGCCGCCGCCUUCUCGCACUACGAGGACUGGAGCUUCUUCCAGUCGUACUACUACUGCUUCAUUACGCUAACAACCAUCGGCUUUGGGGACUUUGUGGCCCUUCAGAAGAACAGGGCCCUCCAGAAGAAGCCCCUCUACGUGGCCUUCAGCUUCAUGUACAUCCUGGUGGGCCUCACGGUCAUCGGAGCCUUCCUCAACUUGGUGGUGCUCCGCUUCUUGACCAUGAACAGCGAGGACGAGCGGCGGGACGCCGAGGAGCGAGCCUCCCUCGCCGGGACCCGGAACAGCAUGAUCAUCCACAUCCAGGACGAGUCCCUACAGCGAGGGCGGCGGCGGCGCGAGCCCCACGGAGAGGAGAUGACCGACCUGCACUCGGUGUGCUCCUGCAUGCACUACCACUCGCACGACUUGGGAUGCGCCUUCUCCCACCGGAACUCGCUCAGCCCGAGUCCGUACUUUCACUCCAUCUCCUACAAGAUCGAGGAGAUCUCGCCCAGCACGUUGAAGAACAGCUUUUUCCCCUCGCCCAUCAGCUCGGUGUCGCCGGGCCUCCACAGCUUCACGGAGAAGCACCAGCUGAUGAGGAGGAGGAAGUCCAUCUAGACCGUCACAAACCAAUGCUGCUCCUUGCCAAAUCUCAUUCCAGCACUUUCCUUUUUUUUUGUUUUGGUUUGGGUUCUCACGAAGAACACUCCAAUGGGAUGCAAAGCAUGAAGCAUGGAUGUCUAUUUUUCCAGGGGAUUAGCAGAUACACAAACCCAUCCACCAACUUUGCUCAACACUUGGGGAAAUGCUAUUUUUCAUAACUUGAAGAAGCACCGUACAUGGAUGUUGUUUUUCUUUUUUCUACAAGCCAUCAUCACCAUCACGCCCCAACACACUUUGGUCUCCUGUUUGAAAGGAUCAUGCUGCUGUCCCUCAUAUUGUCCUCCUGUGGAGCCUUUCAACAUCAUACUCAAUCUCUAUACACUUGUUACUUCUUUCCCCCGCAUUAGACACGCAAUAUGACUAAAAACACGUCAAUAUGGAGAACUUUGCCUUCUAUUAAGGCUCCAAAUCCAGCAGACGAGAAGACGUUCUGAUUUGAAGUUCUCCUGCUAUUUCUGCCCUGCAAUUCUCAUUUUUUAUUACAACUUAACUGUCAAACAUUGGAGAAACACCAUCACAAUGCCCCCUCCAAAAAUGUAAAACUGUCCAGAAACAUGUAUAAUUAGUUCAAAAAUAAAUACAAAUAUAUAAAAUGUACUGAGGGCGUCACGGUGGUCUAGUGGUUAGCGCACAGACCUCACAGCUAGGAGACCAGGGUUCAAUUCCACCCUCGGCCAUCUCUGUGUGGAGUUUUCUCUGGGUACUCCGGUUUCCUCCCACAUUCCAAAAACAUGCUAGGUUAAUUGGCCACUCCAAAUUGUCCAUAGGUAUGAAUGUGAGUGUGAAUGGUUGUUUGUCUAUAUGUGCCCUGUGAUUGGCUGGCCACCAGUCCAGGGUGUACACCGCCUCGCGUCCGAAGACAGCUGGGAUAGGCUCCAGCACCCCCGUGACCCUUGUGAGGAAAAUCGGUAGAAAAUGAAUGAAUGAAUGAAAAUGUACUGAAUAAUGUCUGAAAGUAGCAUUAAGGAGAAAUAAAAUCUGGAACUGCAAGUAGAGUAGAUGCUAAUACGGUUCUUAUAAGUAAUACACGGCUAAUAAGGAAGCAUACAGCUAGCUUAGCCUGGCCAUGGGAACAUGUAAACAUCAGCAUGAUCCUUUCAGAAGAUUGGAUUUUCAUGAAUCUUUCUUUCUUUCUCAUUCUACGUCUGGAAGAGAUGGGUCCGGUCCGUCUUCAUGUCCCACCUGGUCAAACUUGCCAAUAAUGUUUGCUCUCAGGUUUCAAACCAAUCGCCUUCUUCUUUCUUUUGCUUUGCUCCCCAAACGGCCCCGAUGUACAUAUCCAUGAUCCUUGUAAGGUUUUCCAAGAAAGACUACUGAGGUGCAUCAUCUCGCCAGGCCGAGCAAGUCUCCUUUGUAGAUAUUUGAGACCAUUCCGGCCUGUUUUAAAGCCCGAUCUGCCUUUUCUCUCACACAGAACGCAUGGUGAAAGCAUUUCCAGUGUAUAUUUAUGACAUAAAGUGUAUAUUGUUUUACCCAUUAGAGCCUUUUAUAAGUUGCACAAGGCUGACAGCUGGUUUCUCCACCUUUUAUUGAGUUCUACCACAUUUCUUAUCGGAAUAACUCCCAUCGAGCCUUGUGUGUGCUCUAUUUGGACAGACAAAAUGCUGAAAUGUGAUGUAGACACACAGGCAUGGUGUGUGUGGUAAGGCAGUAAGCCUGGUAAAGCAAUGUUUCAUUAUGGGAACAUACACCGGCUUCUAUGUUUGUAUCAAGCUAUGGAAUAUGGAGGCUUACCGCCAUCUAUUUUUUACACAUUUGCAAACGUGCCUUGAAGAAAACGGAAGUGGCACAUUGAAACACCUUUAUUUAUGCUCCUUUCAUGCGGAGUUUCUACUAAGAACACAAAAGUCAACAUACUAUACCACCUCUUCACCACCGCAUUUUAUUUCAGCCCAUCCUUUUGCCAACUGUUGCAUGGAGUACAACUACUCAUACUUCAUAACAACAAAUGAUAUACUGGAUCUGACAAAGGAGUGUUAGGGCCACGCUGAAAAGAAACAACAGUCAUUCUGUCUAAUAAUAGCAUCUUUUCUUCCAAACGACACUUUUUUCUCCUCGGAACCAUAUCAUUCCAACAUUAUUCCUGGAACAGCACAACUUCUUUCUCCGAAAAUUGGGACUUUUUCUCAUAAACGGAGACAACUUUGGUCUUACCUUACAAUAAGGUGCAAAUAAAUGGAGUAGUUACUGAGGAACAAAUGAGGAACUAAUGAGUAGUUACUGAGGAACUAAGGCACAUGCAUUUAGAUUAGUUGCUGAGGAGCUAAUGACUUGGGUCUACACAGUUAGAGUAGUUACUGAGGAACUAAUGACUUGUGUGUAUAUAUUUAGAGUAGUUACUGAUAAGCCAAUUACUUAGGUACAUGCAUUUAGAGUAGUUACUGAGGAACUAAUGGUGAAAGAAUGAAUAAGGCACAAACAUUUAUAGUGGUUACUGAGGAACUAAUGAGUAGUUACUGAGGAACGAAGGCACAUACAUUUAGCGUGGUUACUGCGGAACUAAAGAACUAAUGACUAAGGUACAUACAUUUAGAGUAGUUACUGAAGAACCAAUGAUGAACUAAUGACGAAUGUACAUACUUUAGAUAUAGAGUAGUUACUGAGGAACAAAUUAGUAGUUACUAAGGAACUAACUGAGGAACUAACAUACAUACGUUUAGAGUAGUUACUGAGGAACUAAUGAUGAACUAAUGACGAAGGUACAUACAUUUAGAGUAGUUACUGAGGAACUAAUGAUGAACUAAUGACGAAGGUACAUACAUUUAGAGUAGUUACUGAGGAACUAAUGAUGAACUAAUGACGAAGGUACAUACAUUUAGAGUAGUUACUGAGGAACAAAUGAGUAGUUACUAAGGAACUAACUGAGGAACUAAUGCACAUACAUUUAGAGUAGUUACUGAGGAACUAAUGAUGAACUAACGACGAAGGUACAUGAUUUAGAGUGGUUACUGAGGAACAAAUGAGUAGUUACUAAGGAACUAACACACAUACAUUUAGAGUCGUUACAGAGGAACUAAUGAACUAAUGACAAAGGUACAUGUAUUUAGAGUGGUUACUGAGGAACAAAUGAGUAGUUACUAAGGAACUAACACACAUUUAGAGUAGCUACUGAGGAACUAAAGAACUAAUGACUAAGGUACAAACAUUUAGAGUAGUUACUGAGGAUGAAAUGAACUAAUGAGUAGUUAUGAGCAACUAAGGCACACACUGAGUAGUUACUGAGGAACAAAUGAACUAAUGAGUGGUUCCAGAGGAACUAAGGUAAACACAUUUAGAGUAGUUGGUGAUGAAAUAACGACUAAGGCACAUACAUGUAGGUUAGUUACUGAGGAGGAAAUGAAGAACUAAUGAGGAAGUGAUGAGUAGUGAUUAGCUAGGUUGGUUCCUCACCAACUGCUGUCAUUUUGUGUAGCUUAUAGUAAAGUGUUAGCUAUCUCUUUCAUCGGCAUUUUGGUGUAUUUCUUUGCAGUUUGACUCUAAUACUCCUUUGUUGUGUUGUUUUUACGUGUGUUAGCAGUGCCACAUUUCAACGCAACUUCUGUUUGUGGUUGAAGAAAUAAUAUGACGUACCAUCCAUUCCUGACAAGGUCCCAUCUUUCAACACAAAGGGGCGACAAAGCUGAGGGUAAAGACAUUUCCAGUUUCCCUGUGCACCUUUGAUUUGACUUUUGGAAAGGGUGUGUGCAUGAUUUGGUGUGGGUGACUCACUGGGUUUGCACAGCCGGGUGAAGCCAUAGCACACUUUAUGAAUAAAAACAGACACAAAUGCUGAGCUUCUCAAAGCCUUCUGUCUUCUUCUGACUUGUUUAAGCCUUUGUGCGUCUUUGCAGGCCCAAAGCAGCCAACGUG